AAUACUGCUGCUACCAUAGAUGGGGAAAGUUCAUCCUCAAUUAGCAGAGACAUCAAAGUCGGGAUCAUUUGUAAGUAAGACGAUGUUUUGCUAGUUUCAUAAACUAAGCUGCAAUUUUCAUUUACAUAUGGAUCUCUUUGUGUUAGUUGUAACUCUCAUAUUUGGGAUCGCAUUUGCGAAAUUAUACUUUCGGGGCGUUGGGAGGAAGCCUCAGGAGAGAACCAGAACUCUUCCAACAGGUCCACCUAGAUGGCCUAUAGUCGGAAAUCUCUUACAACUAGGUCCUUUACCACACAAGGACUUUACAAGAUAUUGCGAAAAGUAUGGCCCUCUAGUCUAUGUGAGGUUAGGAUCAGUCGAUGCAAUCACAACAAACGACCCAGACAUUAUUCGUGAAAUUCUGGUUCAGCAAGAUGAAGUGUUUGCUUCUCGGCCACGAACGCUUGCCGCAGUUCAUUUAGCCUCUGGUUGUGGUGAUGUAGCAUUGGCUCCAUUGGGUUUACACUGGAAGAGAAUGAGAAGAAUUUGCAUGGAGCAGUUACUAAGCACUAAACGAAUCGAGUCAUUCGCAAACCAUCGAGUGGAUGAAGCUAAGCACCUAGUUCAAGACGUGUUGACCCGAUCAAAAGCUGGAGAGGUGAAUGUGAGGCAAGUUUUAGGCGCAUUUUCGAUGAACAAUGUGACAAGGAUGUUGUUAGGGAAACAAUAUUUUGGAGUCAAAUCAGCUGGACCAGAAGCGGCUAUGGAAUUUAUGGAUAUAACACAUGAGCUGUUUAGACCGUUACUAGGAUUGAUCUAUUUAGGGGAUUAUUUGCCAUUGUGGAGAUGGUUUGAUCCAUUUGGGUGUGAGAAAGAGAUGAGAGAUGUGGAGAAGAGGAUGGAUGAGUUUCACAAGAGAAUUCUUGAAGGACACAGGAAAGAAGAAAGACUAUCAGCAUUAAAAGAGUCAGAGAUGGAUUUUGUUGAUAUAUUGUUGAGCUUGCCUGGUGAAGAUGGGAAAGAACACUUGGAAGAUGUUGAGAUAAAAGCUUUGAUUCAGGACAUGAUAGCCGCAGCUACAGACACAUCAUCGGUGGCCAAUGAAUGGGCAAUGGCGGAAGUGAUAAAGCAUCCUCGUGUACUUCUCAAGAUCCAAGAGGAACUCGACUCAGUUGUGGGCCGUGACAGGAUGGUCACUGAAUCAGAUCUAUCCCACCUGAAUUACCUGCGAUGUGUCGUUCGUGAAAUUUUUCGGAUGCAUCCAGCAGGUCUAUUUCUAAUCCCACACGAAUCGGUAAAGGCAACUAACAUCAACGGCUAUUAUAUCCCUGAAAAGACACGUGUGUUUAUCAACACUCAUGCACUUGGUCGUAAUUCGCGUAUCUGGGACAACGUCGAUGAAUUCCGACCAGAGAGGCAUUUGUUGGAAGAUGGAAGCAGGGUGGAAAUAAGCCAUGGGGGAGAUUUCAGGAUUUUACCGUUCAGCGCCGGUAAGAGAAGGUGCCCCGGGGCACCCCUUGGUGUUUUUUUUGUUCUCAUGGGGUUAGCUAGGUUAUUCCAUUGCUUCGACUGGGGACCUCCUGAUGGAUUGAAACCAGAGGACAUCGACACAACAGAGGUUUAUGGGAUGACAAUGCCAAAAGCAAAACCUUUGAUAGCUGUCGCCAAGCCACGUUUGGCAAGGCAUUUGUACGCUUGAUCAUUGAUGAUCACCGUCAUCAGUUGAACAUGACUGGUUGUUAGGAAUAUAUGUAAUCACAUAUUUGAGUACCGCUUUUUAAAGUUUAAGAAGAAUAUCUAAGCCAUGUUUAGUCAAUAAUAUUUUUAAUUAACUGCCAUUAUUUCAAAG